CGCAUCCCGGAAGUGUUGCUCCGUUAGAGUCACGCGGGUUUUGAAAGAAACAAACUUCACUUAAAAAUAAAAACACCAAAGCAGCGCCAGGUGAGACUCUAGACCUGGUUUAGUCCUGGUUUAGACCUGGUUUAGACCUGGUUUAGUCCUGGUUUAGUCCUGGGUUAGUCCCAGUCUCACACUAGUGAUGUCAGCACGUGUGAUCUGAACAGACCCAGAACCAGAACUAAACCAGAACUAGACCAGGACUAGACCGGGUCUAGACCAGGACUAGACCGGGACUAAACCGGGACUAAACCAGAACUAAACCGGGACUAAACCAGGACUAGACCAGGUCUAGACCGGGACUGAACCAGGACUGAACCAGGACUAGACCAGGUGUGAGGAUGAGUUGGGGUGAGGGGGCGGGGUUUGAGGGGGAGGGGGCGGGGCUGGUGUGGAGUGUGCAGGAGCUUCGUGCAGUGAGAGAGUUCGGCCUCAUGGGGGCGCUCGUGGGCUGCCUCCCCCGAGCCCCUCGACAGAACAACCGCCUGGGACGACCCCUGCUCCUGCUAAGAACGACAAGAACGACAACGAACGAGAAGAACGACAAGAACGACAAGAACGAGAAGAACGAAGAACGACGAAGAAGAAGAACGACAACGAGAAGAACGACGAAGAACGACGAGAAGAACGACGAAGAACGAGAGAACGAAGAAGAAAGGAACAAGGGAGCGAGGAACGAGGGAAGGAGACAGAGGAGAGAGGAGAAGAGGAUGAAGAGGAGGAGGAGGGGGGGCGGAGAGAGACUCAGCGGUGGGAGGAGUUUCGUGGAGCAGAGUCUGGAGGAGCAGAGACGAUUGGCUCUGGAGGACAGGAAGUGUGUGAUGAUGUCAUCACUGUCAGGUGCGGCCCUGACCUCUGCGGCGGCGGCGCUCGACAGCUUCGUGUUCCCGCGCUCGGCGCUCGCCGUGCAGCUCAGCACCUGCAGACAGGGCCUGCCCCUGCCGCCCGUCAGGAGGCGGCGCGGGAGCUCCGAGCCGACGGGAGAGCGGCGCCGCGGCGGCGAGGGGCGGGGCCGAGUGUUCGCCGACCUGAGGAGGCGGGGCUUCUACCUCACGGCGGGAGGGAAGUUCGGAGUCGACUUCUUGGUUUACCCAGGGGACGCUCUCCGCUUCCACGCUCACUUCAUGGCUCUGUGUGUGAGCGAGGGGGACCCUCUCGCCGUGAGGGACCUUCUGUCCUGGGUCAGACUCUCGUCCAACGUCAAGAAGACUCUGCUGCUGUGCUCGCCCUCGCCACCAGGGGGCGUGUCCUACAGCUCGCUGCAGUGGAGCAGCAUGAGCUGAAGGGGGCGCCGCAAACACAGGCGGGAAUCAAACCUCACACCUUCUGACUGUGGGGAGGAUGUUAACCACUCUGCCGCUGCACCGAGCCGCUGCGUUUGAGGAAAAUCUGAACUUUUGUUUUUAGUGUUUCAGACGAGUUUCAGCGUCAGGUUCAGGUUCAGGUUCAGAGUCUGGAUCAUAGAAACAUUUUGAGUUUGGGACACGAAAAAAUCAAAACAUUUUUCACAUAUUCAUAAAUGUGAUUUUAUUUUCUCCAAAACAAAUAAAAGUCAUUUGUCUGAACAUAAACAGAAA